GGGGCUGCCCUCCUCCAAUCCAGCUCAGCUUCCCAGAGCUGCCCACAUCUGGAGCCCCCUCCACUUCUGGAAGACCCCAGCCACCAUCCCUCUGCAGGUGUCAGUUUUAUCCAGAGAUCUCUGCCUUUGCCACUGCCUAGGAGCUGUGAGGGGAUUACAGCCGUCUUCCCCCCAUCCCAAGGGCAUCUCUUACCCUUAGUCCCUGCAGAGUCAUCCCCCUGCCUCUGUGUUCAGACUCAGCCAGAGAUCAGCUCAGCACACCCACAGGCACUUCCAGUCCUGGAGGCCACUCCUGAGACCCAAGGCCCCUCCCCCUGCCCUCCUGUGUCCUCACCUUGACCCCCUCUGACAGAUUCUAUCUCCCUCUGGGUGUCCCAUUCCCCACCCAGAGGCAGAGGAGGCGGGGUGGCAGGGUGCAGGGGCUGGGUGAGGGCCACCCAGGGCCAGGGUAGGCUGGGGGGCCGUUAAGAUGAGGAGCUCUGCCUGGCCGUGGGGGGCUCCGUGGAGGCAGACGCACUGUGUGCCCGGCUGGGGGGAGUAUGGGCAGGCCUGCAGCCACGUGGUGAAGGAUGAACAUUCGGGGCACCCCGGACCUCGGGCAGCCCAGUGAUGACCCCAGCAGUGGUGGCGAGCGGGAGCGAAUUCGACAGCGCAUGAAGAUGGUCAUCGGGCAGCUCGAGGGCAUCCUGCGGGAGCUCAAGGAGGUGGCCAAGGAGCUAAAGGAGGUGGUGAGCCAGAUCGAUAAGCUAACCUCAGACUUCGACUUUGAACUGGAGCCAGACGACUGGACCACGGCCACUGUGAGCAGCACCUCCAGCAGCGACAAGGCGGGCGUGGGCGGCCCCUUUGACCUGGGCCACCUGGACUUCAUGACAGCCGACAUCCUCUCGGACAGCUGGGAGUUCUGCUCCUUCCUGGACGUUUCCACGCCCUCGGACUCCGUGGACGGCCCCGAGUGCGCGCGGCCGGGUGCUGGCCCUGACUACCGGCUCAUGAACGGCGGCCUGCCCAUCCCCAACGGGCCGCGGGUGGAGACCCCCGACUCCUCCAGCGAGGAGGCCUUCAGCGCGGGCCCUGCCAGAGGCCCGCUGCCCCAGCGGACCCCGGGCACGCGGGAGAGGGUGCGCUUCAGCGACAAAGUGCUGUACCACGCUCUGUGCUGUGACGACGAGGAGGGCGACGGCGAGGCGGCGACGGCCGAGGAGAAGGCGGACCCGUCCCCGGAGCCUCCGCGCACGGAGGCCCACGCGGGCCCCCUCAAGCCCUCCCCGGAGCCCUACAAGCCCAGGCGCUCUCCGCUGGCCGGCCGCCGCUCAGGCCCCACCUUGGCCCCCGAGCAGACCCGCAGGGUCACGAGGAACAGCAGCACCCAGACGGUGUCGGACAAGAGCACGCAGACGGCGCUGCCCUACACGGCCGCCAGGCGGAAGGGCCGGGGGAAGAACUAGGGCGCGGGCCGGGGGCGGGGGGCACAGGGCUAUAAAUACAUAUAUCUAUAUUUAACAAACGCAGUCAUAAUAAAAUUUAAAAAUGC